AGGAGUCGACACGUUGAAACGAUUUAGAAAUGCAACCGACUCGAACACUGUCACGCUGGACCAAUUGCUCACACGCGAAGUGCACGACCAGUCCCAGCAACUCACUGACCAAUCCUAUAAACAAGUGAAACUAGGCCAGACUCACAAAUACAGCCUGGCGUUGACUAAGCGGCAUGCGGGAUGUACGGUUUACCGUAUCCCGUUCACCAGCACCAGCCAGAUCCUACCGUGUGUGCAGUUGCUAAGGCAACAGACUACUUUUAACACACUGUUUAAAAGCAUCAUCACCGUCCGGGCUACGGAUAAAGAUGCGGAGAUCCGGAAUUCGACUACACAGAACUGCCUGAAACCCAAACCAGCCGCGUUGAUGUUCGAUGUGUCGACGCCGUUGCCUUUUGUGUUGGCUAUAAGCUGCCGCCACCCCACAGCACCCACUGUGUUCGGUGUGCACGUGAAGGUUGGCCGGGCAGGGAAGCUGCGGGUGAAGAAACACCUGCCAAUGAAUCUGCCGUCUCUGGGGUCUGUGCACCUGCACACCGACAGUGUUCUGUCAGAUGAGCGUUUAACACAAGCCUUGGAAUCUCACAUGUGCAUACCUACGGUGAUGGCUAUGAUGUACGGGGGAAUCGACUCGCACUUUUCAACACUGUGUGUGCGAAAACCGGAGCCGCCACUCCCCGUCUCCGAUUCAUUUUUAGCAAGCUUGACGGGUGCGAGUAUGAAUACACCGGCAACUCUUGGUGCGGUGGGUACGGGUGGUCUGGGUAUGAAUUUCGACCUCGCGAUGCCCAAGAGCGACGCUGGGGCAGGCGUCCAAACAGGGCUGCUAUUGGCCAGCUCAGCUACAACCACUGCACAAGCGACCUACCCGAAUCUGAUCGGUGCGCGGAUGAGUGGGGACUUAAGUCUCACGCCUGGGAUGAGUCUGCAACCGAACCUGGGCAAUGUACUGGGUAUGGGCGAUACCAUACCCUCUGCGAAUAGCGGGAGCCUGGCUGGGGGGCUAAUAGACCCGCAAGCUGCUUUAGUCCAGCUGAAUGAGCCGGAGAUAGAUACUACCCCAAUUAUAGCGGUUGGUGGGAUAGAGAAUAAGGACAGUAAUACUGCUGGAAUGGAGGGUGCGGGAAUUGGGGCUGGCACAGAUGCCGGUACACUUGCCAGGGGGAGUGGGCUCGGCACUGAUAGUAGUGUAAAUGGCACGGGCGAUGUUGGGAGGAUCAGUGACGCAAACGGAACACUUGGUGACCAGAAUGUAAAGGGUACAAGUCAUGAUCAUAAGCUAGAUACAACUACAGAUAUAUUAGCGGAUAGUAACAGGAAAAGGAAACGCGAGGACGAUGGUGAUGAGCACGAGGGAAGCGACAGUAAGCGCCAAACGACACGUCCGACCCCAGGAGUCUGA